CGCACAAUUGCCUGUCUCCAGCGAGCGGCGAAUGCCGUCGCUGUCUCGGACGCUGCCACGCUGGUAUUGCCGCAGCCCGCAGGCGAUCGAGGAAAGGACGAGACCUUAGUCCUUAUGUGCUUCGUGCUCGACGAAAUGUCUGAUCGAUCUCGCCGCGCCGCGCUAUCCUCAUAGGCAAACCACCACCGCUUCUCGCCCUCCCCUAUAUAUAUUGCCCUGAACCCAACGUCGUCAUCGACUCUUCCGUCCAGAAACCAACUCACAAACCAAGAACCUACCAGGCCACCACCACCUCCUCAUUCGCCUCGACUUAGCAGGGCAAGAGUCCUAGAAGGACAGGCGCCAUGUCUUCCCCGAGGCUUUCGUCCAAAGAGGAGGAGUUGCUCCGCUCCGUGGAGAGGGCGAUAGAGAGGAGCUACGCGGCCAAGCAAGCCACCAAUGUACCGCUGUGGAGGCGGCUGCUCGGGAAUGCGUCCAAGAAGAGCAAGAAUGACUCCGCUGCCUUGACGACCGCUCCCCCGUCGCCUGGAGUUCUGGUAGGCACGCAGCGAGAAGAGCAGGAGCGCGCUAAGGAGGGUGCCGACGUCGCGAGUUCCGCGCCCAGGCAUCCGUCGGAAGCAGGUGCCGAGGGAGACGACGUGCAGCCCGCGGCUCAGGACAGGUCUGUCCAUGCGGCGACCAUGAUGAAGUCCGCGUUGGCGAGAAUCCAGGGAGGCCAGAACAGCGGGGCGUUUGUUGAUAUGGAGCUUGCUAUGAAGGGCCUCAUGGAUGUCUCCUUCAAAGGGAGGGAGAGAGUCCCCGUGUUGCCUGCCGAGUUCAGGUCCAAAUGGCCUCAUGGUAAUAUAUCACAACUGGAGAGAGAUAUUAUUGCUGAUCCGCUCAUCCUGACGUCUGGACAUACCAUUGACAGAUUCUCCUACCAGUGGUCCUCUCUGGGGGCUGCAAAACGUUUCCUCACGGUUCCAAAUCACCUCCUCCGUGACAUCAUAACAGCGUGGUGCCUUGACCACGAAAUUCCUCUUCCAUCCUCUACGUCUACUUCAGUUGCCAGUGAAGAGGCUCCUCCGCCUACAGAGGAAGAGAUGCAGCUGCUCCUUGAGAAGCUCUCCAUGCAUUCGGCAGCGCAGAAGGAGGCUCUGCACAGGAUCCAGCUUCUAUCAACAUCCUCCAAGGGCGUCCAUCCCUGCCUUGACCGGUGGCAGGAUCUGCUUCCUAAGCUGAUGUGUCUACACAAGGAGUGGAGGUCAACAUGGGCCAGGCAAUGGGAGGAGGAGAGGCUAACAGUAAUGCUGAACCUGUCCCUCCACAGGGUGAACCGGGACAUCCUUGCUAGGCAAGAGCGACUCCCACACGCGUUGAAAGAAACCAGUGCAAGGGCAGGGAGGCACGGAUACCCGUUAACAGUAAUGCUCAAGGUAUCUUCUCUAGUCACCAUCCUGUCAGAGUCAGAGUACAGCACUUUCAGGAGAAAGUUUGUUGAGAUAGAUGGAAUCGAGGAGCUUCAUGUGCUGCUCUGCAACAGGGAUUGUCUGGUAAGGAAUGAGGCCAGCGCUGCAAUCCUCGCGCUCUGCAGAGAUGAUGCUGCAGCACUGACGCGUGUUCCCGAUGCCUCAUUGGUGGAGUGCCUUUCAGAUGGCAUGGUGACCGAUGAGUGCUUGCUUCUGCUUGAGUGUACUUCGGAUCGUGAAUCUGUUCGAGAUCGGAUAGCCUUUAGUGUCGAGCUUCUGAUGGAAGCCAUCAUGGCCACUGAGAAUGGACAGGGGUAUCUUAGCUCCAGGGGCACUCGAACUGCACUUGCCCUGAUUUACAAUUGCAUUAAGGAGGCUGAUGGCAGGGGCAGGCUGAGGACGACAGUGAUAUUGCAGGGUUUUGUUGAGGCUUUGAGAAUCUUGGAGAGGAAAGAAACGCCACUAAGGACAGUCUUUCAGAUUGAGGAGAUUCACAGCAUAGUCUCACAAGCCCUUGCGGAAUUAACUCAGUGGAACAUUAGGAGCUAGUUGCCCUGAGAUCGAUAGUGCAAUCAGAACUCUUUUCAGUUCGGCUAGCUUUGCUCCAAUGUGGUAGACGAUCAUGCAGUGCUGGGAGACAGGUCAGCACUAAUGCAACAGUUUUUUUUUUUUUGCGUAGGUUGGAAUACUGCAGACACGGUGAUUAUAACAGAAUACACAUCAUUAGAAAAUUUGUCCGAUACAAAAUAUCACAAUUUUUUUGCGACCGUAGACAAGAGUUUCUGUCACUCGGAUCCAAAUUUUGCGACAGUGGACAGCAGUUUCUGUGACUCAGAUUUAUGCAGUGCUGGGAGAAAGGUCAGCACUAAUGCAACAGUUUAAUCUCGUCUCUUUUAAUGAACUGUGAUUA